GAAUACCGGUAUAUUUAAUUGUUUUGGUAGGAUGUUGCCACGUGAUACGGAAAUCGGCAAGCCGCUUCCGCGUUGCUAAAACGUUAGCAUACUGCAGCUUCUAGGAAACUACUUAACUUUUACUUUUUUUCCCUUUCCCCGUUUUGGAGUCAUUUAAUCGUUUUCCGAGAACGGGUAGAAGCUGCGGUGAGGAAUACACGUUUGUGGUCUCUGUGCAGAAAACGCUGACUGACUCAAGUUUGUUAAACGGUUAAUGCACAGGAUAAAGAGGCUAAAAACUGAGAAUAUAACCGAAGACGGCCAACAAAGCAGCGUCAAAGAGGCACUGGCAGGGAUGACUGGGAUGCUCGACCUCUCUGACAGCACGGAGGUGGUGGAGAUGGAGGACGUGUACCCCACGCAGUUCCAGGUGGAGAAGCACACAUGGGACGACCUUCGGAAGAUCAUCCACAAGAGCCGGAAAAACCACAGCUUUUUCACCAACAAGGCGCCGCACGACUUUCACUUCAUCCAGAAAGAGGACACCAGUUCACACUCCCACCGCAUCUACUACCUUGGAAUGUCUUACCCCUGCAAGGAAAACGCAUUACUGUACUCCGACAUUCCCAGGAAAAUUCGCAAAGAUGCCGUGCUGCUGCUGUCGUGGAGACCGAUGCUGGAUCAUUUUCAGGCCAGUCCUCACCACGGGGCUUUCUCCCGGGAGGAGGAACUGCUCAGAGAGAGGAAGCGUUUGGGGGUGUCUGGCAUCACCUCCUAUGACUAUCACCAACCGAGUGGCCUUUUCCUGUUCCAGGCCAACAGCAGCCUGUACUACUGUCAGGACGGUGGAAACAACGGUUUAAUUACCUCUCCGGCGAAUCCUCUUGAGAUUAAAAGUCAGAGUUCAGGAACACGUAUGGACCCUAAAAUCUGCCCCGGGGACCCCACGUUCAUUGGUUUCAUCAACAACAACGACAUUUGGGUGACAAAUAUAGAAACAGGAGAGGAGAAAAGACUGACCUUCUGUCAUAAAGGUGCAGAGAACCCAAAAGAUGAUCCCAGAUCUGCUGGUGUUGCCACUUUUGUUACUCAGGAAGAGUUUGAUCGCUUUACUGGAUACUGGUGGUCUCCUGUUGCUCAUGAGGAGCCUGAUGGUGGCAAGACUCUGCAGAUUUUAUAUGAAGAGGUGGACGAGUCUGAGGUUGAGACCAUUCAUGUCCCAUCUCCAGCUCUGGAGGAGCGGAAGACAGACGUCUACAGAUAUCCACGGGCAGGCAGCAAGAACCCAGAGGUUACUCUGAAGAUGGUAGAAAUUAGGACAAACAACCUGGGAAGAAUUGUCAGCACACAGGAGAAGGAGUUGCCCGUUCCCUUCCCCAGCAUGUUUCCAAACGUAGAGUACAUCACCAGAGCUGGAUGGACGAAAGAUGGACGAUAUGCGUGGGCGGUCCUGAUGAACCGACGACAACAGCAUCUGCAGCUGGUCCUGCUGCCUCCUGCGCUCUUCAUCCCCGCACAUUCAGACACAAGCCGAAUAUUGGAAGCUCUGGAGAGCAUUGGAGACACAGUCCAUCCCUUCAUCAUCUACCAAGAGAGCAGCGAUAUCUGGAUCAAUGUCCACGAUAUCUUUUAUCCUUUUUUGCAAACUAGUGAUGACGAGAUCACCUUCAUCACAGUAAACGAGUCCAAAACUGGUUUUUGCCAUUUGUAUAAGAUCACCUCGGUGUUGCAGAGGGGCAGCUUUAACUGGAUGAAUGGCUACACACACUCUGAAGGGGACUUUGUGUGUCCUGUCAAAGAGGAGGUGAUGUUGACAAGUGGAGACUGGGAGGUUCUGGCCAAUCAUGGAGCAAAACGCUCAUGCAGUCCUCAGAUUUGGGUGGACGAAGCAGCAAAGCUAGUUUACUUCCAGGGAACCAAAGACUCUCCUCUGGAACACCACCUUUACGUGGUGAGCUACGAGUGGCCCGAUGAAAUCGUCAGGCUCACCAAACUGGGCUUCUCCCACAGCUGCUCUGUGAGCCCGACUUUCGACAUGUUUAUCAGCCACUACAGCAGCCUGACGGCCUCUCCUUGUGUUCACAUCUACAAGCUGGUGGGCUCAGACAGUGACCCGCUCCACAAAGAGCCAGAGUUCUGCGCCAGCAUGUUGGAAUGCUCAAAUCUCAACUAUGAACCCAACUGUCCAGAAAUCUUCAGCUUCACAGGAAAGUCGGGCUUUAAGCUGUACGGCAUGCUGUACAAACCACACAACCUGGUCCCAGGCAAAAAGCAUCCCACCGUCGUCUUUGUUUAUGGCGGUCCACAGGUUCAGUUAGUCAAUAACUCCUAUAAAGGAGUGAAAUAUCUCAGACUAAAUACUCUGGCAUCUUUGGGCUACGCUGUGUUGGUCAUCGAUGGGCGGGGCUCCUGCCAGCGAGGACUUAAGUUUGAAGGAGCCGUGAAGGACAAGAUGGGUCAGGUGGAGAUUGAAGACCAGGUGGAGGGUUUGCACUACGCAGCGGGCAAAUACAAGUUUGUGGACCUGAGUCGUGUUGCCAUCCACGGCUGGUCAUACGGGGGCUUCCUCUCCCUCAUGGGGCUCAUCCACAGACCUGAUGUGUUUAAGGUUGCCAUUGCUGGAGCUCCAGUGACCUUGUGGAUGGCGUAUGACACGGGCUACACGGAGCGAUAUUUGGACAUGCCUGAUAAAAACCAGAAGGGAUAUGACGAUUGCUCCGUGGCCUUGCAUGUUGACAAACUUCCUAAUGAGCCCAACAGAUUGCUGAUCCUGCAUGGGUUUCUCGAUGAGAAUGUACACUUUUUCCACACUAAUUUCCUGGUGUCCCAACUGAUCCGGGCAGGGAAACCUUACAGCCUGCAGAUCUAUCCCAACGAGCGGCACAGUAUCAGGUGUCCGGAGUCAGGAGAGCAUUAUGAGAUAACGCUGCUGCACUUCCUUCAAGAGUACCUCUGAUAAACCCCCCCCCCCCCCCCCCACACACACACACACACACACACACACACCCCACACACACACACACUGUUUUUCCUUCACUGCAUCUGUGAUCAUUUUGCCUUUUUCCAAACCUGUUUACUGUCUCACUUUGAUUUUCUGAAUGCAAGCAACAUCAAACCUCAUUAAAGCUAACAAGCGGCUGAAAGGAGCUGCAACCUUUAUUGCAGUCUGAUCUCCGGACACGAUUUUUCGGUCACAGUGAUGUGCACAGUAAGAGCAUCAACACAUGACCCCGAACCCUUUUUAGGCUUCAUCAACAGUACGUCCAAAAACAAGCAGAGGGCGCUGUUGAGCCAAACAGGGAUGGAAAAUGGGGUUUGCUUCAUCAUCAGCAGUGUGAUUUGGAUAGAUAUUCACAGAAGGACCUUCUUUACUGAGCAUUCACCCUGUCUUUUCUUAUUGUCUGGUGCCAAGUCUUUUUAACAACCACUUUUUGGAAACCCAACUGACAAAGAUAUUUGCUGUUCUCUGUUUCACUGGUGUGAAGUUUGCAAAAACUCAGAUCUUAAGAGCACACAAGCAACUCUUAAUCCUCGGUUUUUUGUGUGUGUUCCUGUUUUGAAUUUGCCUCUGAUGUGCUGUAUGUUUUCUUUUUAUGCGGUUAUACUGGAAAUUUUAUCAAGUAAUGUCAUGGGAAAAAAAAAGAAAACAUUUACGGAUCUUAAAGCAUCUGUAGAAGUUGGGGAAGUAAAGUGGUGAAAUGUUGAUGUUUUGCUUUAACUUUAUUGAAAGCUUCUCUUUCCUUUGCUGUUGAAGACUUUUGCCUUGGUGCCAACAAACUGAUCCGAAACACGCCGUGUGAAAGAACUGUUGGCAGUCAGAGGUGCCUUUUGGGAGAUGAAAAACACCUCAUGUUGGAAAAUGAUUUCAGGGAGUCUGCUCCGGGACCCGAGACAAAAAAGAAAUUGCCCUGCUUCUGUCUGAGCAACAUCUCUAAGAUGUUCUACCAUACGUGGAUAAAUGUAUUGUCAGAAACUGGAAAAGAUAAAGAGAAGUGUAAAAUCCUUUU